GCGCUCCUCUGCCUCAGAGCGUCGCAGACAGCUUUUCCAGGUUACAGACGGACUGGAAACGGAGCAUUCAAACACAGAGCAGGAGAUCUGCUAUUUUCAUCACUCAUCAUCCGCAUCCUGCCUAGUAAAGAGGGGGUCUUUGCUCCCCCCUGCAUCUUUUCCUAUCCUUUUUUUUCUGGAGCAACAACGAUGUUAUUCUAAGGUAGCCUGCAGAUGACAGCAUAACCGGGGCGGUGAGCUGUCAAACACUCCUCUGCAGCUCUUUGUUGAAAAGGAUCCGUAGAGACAUGAAUUCAGCGGAACAGACGGUUACGUGGUUGAUCACCCUCGGGGUGCUGGAGUCGCCAAAGAAGACCAUCUCGGAUCCUGAAGGCUUCCUGCAGAGCUCCCUGAAGGAUGGAGUGGUCCUCUGCAAGCUGCUGGAGCGGCUCAGCCCGGGCUCCACUGAGAAAAUUUAUCCAGAGCCGAAGAACGACGGCGAGUGUCUGAGCAACAUAAAGGAGUUUCUGAAGGGCUGCACAUCGUUCCGCGUCGAGCCGUUCGAGGCCAGUGACCUUCUGCUCGGCCUGAAUUUCUCCAAGGUGCUGAGCAGCCUGGUGGCCCUGAAUAAAGUCACUGCAGAUAUCGGUGUGGGCAGUGAUUCGGUGUGCGCCCGACACUCUUCCGCCCUACGCAUCAAGUCCUUUGAGUCGUUGUCCUCUCAGGCUUCACUGGGCCGAUCCUCCAAGCUGCUGCAGAACCAGUUUCGAAGCCUGGACAUGUCAGAGAACAGUGGACAGCAGCUGCUGGUGAAGGCUCGUUUCAACUUCCAGCAGACCAACGAGGAUGAGCUCACCUUUAACAAGGGUGACAUCAUCAACGUGACCCGGCAGGAGGAGGGCGGCUGGUGGGAGGGGAUGCUCAACGGCAAGACCGGCUGGUUUCCUAGCAACUAUGUGCGCGAGGUCAAAGGCUCUGUCUCCCCAAAGUCUGGCACCCUGAAGAGCCCACCGAAAGGCUUCGACACUUCUGUUAUUAGCAAGACCUACUAUAAUCUGGUGUUGCAGAACAUUUUAGAAACAGAGACGGAGUACUCCAAGGACCUUCAAAGCCUCCUUACGAACUACCUGCGACCCCUUCAAAACAUUGACAAGCUGAGCAGCUCCGAUGUGGCUCUGAUUCUUGGGAACCUGGAGGAGAUCAGCACCUUCCAGCAGAUGCUGGUUCAGUCAUUGGAGGAGUCUACAAAGCUUCCAGAAAGCCAGCAGCGGGUAGGUAGCUUCUUCCUGAACCUCAUGCCACAGAUGAAGGCCCUCUACGUCGGUUACUGUUCCAACCAUCCCUCUGCUGUCAACGUGCUGACCCAACAUAGUGAUAUACUGGGGGAGUUUAUGGAGGCGCAUGGUGCAGUCAUCCCAGGGAUCCUAACACUUACCACCGGGCUAAGUAAACCAUUUAUGAGGCUGGACAAAUACCCCACCUUACUCAAAGAGCUGGAGAGGCAUAUGGAGGAGAAUCAUGCUGACCGACCGGAUAUUCUGAAGUGCAUGGCAUCUUUCAAGAAUCUCUCUGCUCAGUGUCAGGAGGUGCGGAAACGAAAGGAGCUUGAGCUGCAGAUUCUCACUGAGACCAUUCGGCUUUGGGAGGGGGACGACAUCAAGACCCUGGGCUCGGUGAUAUAUAUGAGCCAGGUCUUGGUCCAGAGUCCAAUGUCUGAGGAAAAGAAUGAGCGCUACCUCAUGCUGUUUCCUCACGUCCUCCUCAUGCUGUCUGCUAGUCCCAGGAUGAGCGGUUUUAUAUUUCAGAGAAAGUUGCCUUUGAACGGCAUGAUAGUGACCAAACUGGAAGACUGUGAAGCCCAUAAAAAUGCCUUUGAGCUGAACGGCACAAUGUUUGACCGUCUCCAGGUGGUGUGCGCAAACCAGCAGGACCUGCAGGACUGGGUGGAGCACCUGACGAGACAGAUCAAACACAGCGCCGCCACGGCCCCCAGCCACAAACCGCUCACUGUCCCCUGCCACACGCUUCCAUCUCAUCCACUCACUCAAUCCCGGCACGCUGAGAGCAGAGCGAUGACGGUGGCUCCCACCUACCACACCCUGCCUCACCCGUCCUCUCAUGGAACAUCCCACAGCACAAUGACGUGGGGCCCCCUGGAGCCCCCAAACACUCCCAAACCCUGGAGCCUGAGCUGCCUGCGGCCUGCGCCGCCGCUACGGCCCUCUGCUGCACUCUGCUACAAAGAGGAUCUUAGUAAAAGUCCUAAAAGUGUGAAGAAACUCCUUCCUAAACGUAAACCUGAGAGAAAACAGUCUGAGGAGGAAUUUGCUGUGAGGAAGAGUACGGCUGCUCUGGAAGAGGACGCCCAGAUCCUGAAAGUCAUCGAAGCAUACUGCACCAGCGCCAAAACCAGGCAGACUCUCAACUCCACCUGGCAGGGCACCGACCUGAUGCACAACCACGUGCUCGCCGACAUGGAUCAGUCCUGCGUGGACUCGCCAGGCCGCCGCAGCAGCGUGUCCCGGCCAGAACUGAGCUCCGACCUGUCGGAGGACUCUGACUACGACUCCAUCUGGACCACCCACAGUUACAGGAUGGGGUCGGUGCCGCGAAAGAGUUGCAUCUCGCACCAGAACUAGAGAAUGUACUGCGCCGUCCGGCUGUAACAUAAUGUAACGUAGAGUGCGCUUACCUCUUAGAUGUAUUAAAGAAAUAGAUUUUUUUUAAUUUAUAAAUUUAUUUUGUACUUUUAUUUGGGUAAUUUAUUGCUUUAAAUUAUUUUUCGACAGCUUGCUUGAAGAUGUUUUCUGCAUUUUCCUGUUGCCUUUCCCUUUUUUGUGCCUCCUCUCUUUCUGUAGAUGUCAUGCAGUAAGUGUUAGCUAUUUAUUGUUCAUUUAUCUUGAAUGUGACCACUCUCUUUGUUUAGCCAUAAAUCGGGUGGACUCUGAUUGGAGAGUAUGGAUGUUUUGCUGAGUAGUUUAGGGGAGGGAGUGACAGUGGACUUAUUUUUUUUCCUGUCUGAUAUUCAGAUGCAAUUCAAGAAUGAGUGUCUUUAAUUGAUCAUAUAUUUGUUCUUUUUCAGUAUGUAGUUUUGGGGUACGUUUGCUCAGAGAUAGCACAUGCUAAACAGGCACACGUGUUCAGGCACAAAUCUCUCUCCUGUCUGCAGAAUAAAGCUUGCAAAUGCAGAUUCUCUGUAUUUUACAUUAAGUCUUUCAUGACCUAAUGUUGAAUUGACAAAAAAAACCCCAC